CUUUGAACUCUGACAGCUGCAAUCCGUCCCAUUCCCACAGUUCUCUUCCCCUUCCCUUCUUCAUAGAUUUUAAAUCUCUUAGCUCAAAAGGGAAGCAAAUCCUCUAAUAUAUACAACACAAAUACAACUACUCCCAAGUUUUUAACAUAUCAAUUAACAUUUGUUGGAUUUUGAUCCAAUGGCUGGUUAUGUUGGCAUUUUGGUCUCAGAUCCAUGGCUGCAAAACCAGUUCACUCAAGUCGAGCUUCGUAGCUUGAAAACUCACUUUACAAGUAUGAGAAGAGAGAGCGGGAAGCUAACGGUGGAAGACUUAGCAUCCAGAAUGUCGAGAUUGAAAGUUGUGGGAGAGAAUCUGAGCGAACAAGAACGAGCUGAUUUCAUUGCUGAUUUGUAUCCUAACUUGAAGGAUGAAGUCGAUUUCGAGUUCUUUUUGAAGGUUUACUUGAAACUUCAUGCACAUGCAAGCGCAAGAACAGGAAGUCCAGCAAAGAACUCUUCAGCAUUCCUAAAGGCAGCUACAACUACUCUGCUUCACACCAUUAGUGAAUCCGAAAAGGCAUCCUACGUUGCCCAUAUCAAUAAUUAUCUUGCUCAAGAUGGGUUCUUAAACAAAUACUUACCUAUUAAUCCUUCCUCCAAUGAUCUCUUUGAGAUUGUUAAAGAUGGGGUUCUUCUUUGCAAGCUUAUAAAUGUAGCAGUUCCGGGCACAAUUGAUGAAAGGGCUAUUAAUACCAAGAGAUUGCUCAAUCCGUGGGAAAGAAAUGAAAACCACACGCUAUGUCUCAACUCUGCCAAGGCUAUUGGCUGCACUGUAGUCAAUAUAGGGACGCAAGAUUUCAUUGAAGGAAGGAGACAUCUUGUGCUUGGGUUGAUUUCUCAAAUUAUCAAGAUUCAACUAUUGGCAGACCUCAACUUGAAGAAAACACCCCAGUUGGUGGAGCUUGUUGAUGACAGUAAGGAUGUGGAAGAAUUGAUGAGUUUACCACCAGAGAAGAUCUUAUUGAGGUGGAUGAAUUUUCAACUGAAGAAAUCUCCAUACAAGAAAAUAGUCUCAAAUUUCUCCACCGAUGUAAAGGAUGCAGAGGCUUAUGCGCACUUAUUAAAUGUGCUUGCACCUGAGCAUAGUAAUCCUUCUACAUUGACUGUCAAAGACCCAUUUCAGAGAGCAAAGUUGGUUCUUGAACAUGCAGAUAGGAUGGGAUGUAAAAGAUACUUAACUGCAAAGGAUAUUGUGGAUGGUUCCCCGAAUCUUAAUCUUGCUUUUGUCGCCCAUAUUUUCCAGCACAGGAACGGCCUUUCAACUCAAACAAAACAAAUAUCUUUUCUUGAAACUCUACCAGAUGAUGCCCAAGUUUCUAGAGAGGAAAGAGUAUUUCGCUUCUGGAUCAAUAGUCUCGGAAAUUCAACAUACAUUGACAAUGUCUUUGAAGAUCUCAGAAAUGGGUGGAUACUUUUGGAGACCCUUGACAAGGUGUCGCCUGGGAUUGUUAAUUGGAAGAUUGCUAACAGGCCUCCUAUUAAGUUGCCAUUUAAGAAAGUAGAAAACUGUAACCAGGUGGUUAAAAUAGGGAAACAAUUAAAAUUUUCCCUGGUUAAUAUUGCUGGAAAUGACAUUGUGCAAGGAAAUAAAAAACUAAUAUUGGCUUAUUUGUGGCAAUUGAUGAGAUACAACAUUCUUCAACUUCUGAAGAACCUAAGAUUCCAUUCUCAUGGAAAAGAAAUUACUGAUGUUGAUAUCCUCAGGUGGGCUAAUACCAAAGUAAGCGAUUCAGGAAGCCAAAGUCGCAUGGACAGUUUCAAGGACAAGAGUUUGUCAGAUGGUAUAUUUUUCCUUGAGCUUCUUGGUGCUGUUCAGCCUAGAUCUGUAAAUUGGAGUCUUGUUACUAAAGGAGUAACAGAUGAGCAGAAAAAGAUGAAUGCUACCUACAUAAUUAGUAUUGCGAGGAAGCUUGGAUGCUCAAUAUUUUUGCUUCCUGAAGACAUAACUGAGGUAAACCAAAAGAUGAUCCUCACAUUGACUGCAAGUAUCAUGUACUGGUUCUUGAAACAACCUGUUGAAGAGAAACCAUCUGCAACAUCAGAUAGUGAAAACGGAAGCCAAGUGGAAACGAUCUCUAAUUCAACAACCGACGACUCAGCAUCCGAGUCAUCAGUAGAGUAGAAUAAGAAUGUAUAAGCUCCAAAAAGAAGCGAGGAAAACAACGGUGGUCCCCUACCAAACUUCUCAAAGUAGCUUUAGACCUUCUUCUGCUCAAUUUAAUUUUAUAUUAUUAUUUUAUUUACGGAUUGACUUUCAUGAAUUUUAAAAAUAUAUAUUCUUAGUGCGCUCUAUUGACAUCACUUCAACUUUUACCCAAUUAACAUUAUACAUUUGUUAUAUAAAAUUGCUAAUAUUUAUUAA